AAAACAACAACCGAACCGACCGUGUUCAGUCUGCACACGUGAGCGAAAUGGCGAUGGCGAGCUGACCGGCGCAGCGGACCGGAAUAAGGAAGAGCUGGGCGCGAGGUGCUGGGCGUGCAGCCACUUGGAUGACUGGCUUCUACGACAUCCUCUCCAUCCGCAAUCGCGCCGUAAAGGAACUCUUCCGGUUGCGCGUGGGGCGCAGGAGAGCCCGAAGCCAAAAAGGGCUUUGCUUGGUUCGUGGGCGGCAGCUGGUGCAGUCCAUCGGCCAAGUCGUCAAGUUCAAAGAGGUCUUCACCUUCGAGCCACGGGAGACCUUUGGGUCUUAUCACGCCGAAAAGGUGGUUCGGGUGCAGAAGAACGUCUUGCAGCAUGUCCUCUUCGGAUGCAAGGCGGAGCAUGCCAAGCGAUUCGAGGACCAGGACUUCGUCAUAGGCACUGCUGAGCAACCUCCCCCUGUCAAGGAGUUUGCACCCGCACCUCGACGGUUGUUGAUGAUCGACCGGAUCAAACACCCCGAGAACAUGGGGCGGCUCUUGACCAGUGCCGUGGCCUUGAAGUUCGAUGGGGUGAUGUUGCACCCGGAAUGUGUGGAUCCCUUUUCCUACAAGGUGCUCGACGCAUCACAGGCGGUGGCUUGGACCUUGCCCUACUGCUAUGCCAGUUACUCCGAGAUCAAGGAGCUUGCCGAAAGGCAUAAGCUUCUACUUUGUGCCGGCAGUCUACAUGGUCAAGCUGUGUCAGAACUGCCCAGCUUGUCCGAGCACCAGGGCUUCUGCCUCAUCAUAGGCAAUGAAGCAGAAGGAGUGCAACAAGAACUCCUGCAACACUGCUUGCAGGUCUCCUUGCCGAUGUCAGAGCUGAUGGAAUCAUUGAACGCCAGUGUGGCUGGCGGAAUUCUGAUGCAUUCACUCUGUAGUAUUUGGAACAACAUAUAAAGAAAAA